AUGAUGGAUACUGAUUUGGGCAUUUGGGUCUAUGCUCCUGUCUUAGCAUCGCUUUUGGAAUCUUCGGUGAAUGAGGCGCAAGUGGUUUGGAGCGGCAUCGGCGGGCUUUUUCGUAAUCGCUUCAACGAGUCCCCGCCUGCCCCUUGCAUCACUCAGGCUAAUGUGAAUAACUUGGACCAGAGCAUUCAGCUUGAUGCAAAUUUGAAUGCAAUCCUUGAAAGUAUGCAAAAGGUUGCCAAUGAAGUGGAACAGGAAUCAAUUGUUUCCGAAGCGGAACGAUGUACACUGCAAGAUACGACUGUCACCUACUUAUUGUUUUCAGACUCGUGCGACAAUAUCAAAGAAUAUAAUAGCACUGUGAAGAGCAUUAAAAAAUGGGUGCAACCGAUUCAGUCAAGUAUUACUUUCCGGGAUUCGUUUGGGUCUAUUUCUAAUGACACUAUCGACGGCAAUCACAGUGCACCUCCUAGUACAAUUUAUCUGAGCGAAUUCCUCGUGGAGCUUGCGGUCAUUAGUAACCGUACCGGGGCAGAAUUUUACAGCACCACAAUGGAGGCAAUCACAGCCUAUGCUCCUCCUGUUCGCAACAGUAUGUCCAUCAAAUUCCUACAAAAUGUGGAAUCGACAAUUGCGACAGUCUGCUCUAGCCUGCUUCAAGAAAAGCAAACCGGAAUCACUUUUAUCUAUGAUGACAAUAACAAACUGAUCUUCCUCAUUCGACUGUUAAAGAAUGUCUACUUCAGCACAAUAUACCUGCCCAGUGGAUGGGAGAAUAAUAGCACUAUUAAGGAUAUCUUAAUUCAACAAUUUCAAAACACCGUUGUUCCGCAAACAUAUGUCCUCCUCUUCCAAGAUGAGCACAGCGAAUCAUACACUAACGACUUUCUCGGCCUGGCUAUGCUACACCAACAACUUCGAGAAGGCAUACAAAUUAUCUUAUUUUCUACUUACAUUCCCUUCUAUGAGAAUGGCACCGGAUUCUCAAUUCCAGUAAUGGACACGCUUGCAUUCCUGGCAAAAGUUAACUAUGAAUUGGUCAUUUUCAAGCAAAGUUUAGGCGAGCCCUACUACGAGAAAAUGCUCAAAGCAAUUGAAAAUCGCGAAAUCUACGUGGGAUUCACACCAGUUCCACUCUCUACAUUAAGUACAGGAAAUUUGUCGAGCUCAUCCGCAACCUUGACUAUUUCCUUCACACUGGUUCGCCAACGCCCCUCUCGACCAGCAGACUUCCUUCUGCUGUUACGGCCUCUCUCUCUGCCCGUAUGGCUGGCCAGUGUAGUCUUAGCUUUCAUUUUUACUGGACUUUUGAUGGUUUUUGGUCACCUCAAACCCGUUAUCAUGCGAAACCUGGCAGAGGGCGAGAUGACCUCGAAGCGAGAUCUCUUUGAGGUAUCAGCGCUUGGUGUGGCAUCUACAUUCUCACUCACCAAACUGCAAAUUAUUCCUACCACUCUAUCCAGUCGCAUCUUUGCCCUCCUCAUGUGGAUGUUCUCCUACCUUCUUCUCGUGAUCUACGCUAGUGCCAUGAUGACAAUUUUGCUCAGAAUAAGAACACCUUCGAAUGCAGACAUCACAGUUGACACGGUGUUGGAUAGCAAAAGCUGCCAAAAACUCAUCGUGAUCGAACAUGGCAUCGGUUAUGACUCUAUCAUCGCAUCGCUCCAUAACAUUUCAAAGUCGCACACCCCGGUCAACUCCGUUCAAGCAGCCUACGAUGCCCUUAUGAAGGAUGACAAAACCGUUCUUCUGGCUUCUUCAAUCGAGGCGUCGUACAUUGGCGUCAUGAAUUGUGCAUUGGAAAUGAUUCCCUAUACAAGUUUGUAUGAAAUAAUAUUGAGCUUCCCAUACUACAAACCGUGGACAUUUGGCUCUGAACUAGACUACUACUUCUCGAUAAUCAGCAAAUCCGGCAUUCUUACCAAUGCAGCUUCAGUAUACUUUGAAACAGGACGUUGUUAUCAACCGAACUAUAAUGUACCAAAACCUAGUGUUCUUGAGCUUGGAGAUAUGGCAAGCAUCUACAUCUUCCUACUCAUAGGCAUCAUAGUCUCUUUCAUUAUAAUGGGUCUGGAGCUACUCGUCAAGCACAUUGUCGGUAAACAAGAGGCGCAAGAACGUACUCUCCUCGUACCAGGAAGGCAAUACACAGCGAAAAUCGUUUCAAUCAAGCGAACCGGUGUCAACGUAAACGUUGCUGAUCGGCCAGAAGUUGUUUUCAUUCCAAAUAGUCAACUUCACACGGAUCCUCUCAAGGUAACUCAGAUGCUAUUUCACCUAAUCAAAUCGUUCUUAACUCAUGUCUACAACGCAUUAGACAUGGGUUUGGCGGUAGGCGACUCCAUUGAAGUGACAUACUUCGGCAAAGCCAGCGACGGGGAGACUGAACUCUUCUGCCGGCAUUUUCCGAAUGAAUAA